GACACAAGCUCAAGAAGAAAAAUAUGAAAAGUCAAUCAAUCCGAGGUAAUCAGUCUGGAGAGGCGGUUGAAUUUGAACAAUGGAGCGUUGUGUCACGAGCCACGUUCGAGGUCGCGCCCCUGUCAGUUCGUCUGAUGAAUCCAAGCUUCGCCGCUUUGAGCAGGCCGGUGGGAGUUUUCAAACAGGCACGAUCCCGUCGGAAUCGUUGGACAGCCGUUCGCCGACCUCUCGGAGGCGCAAGCGUGAGUUUGGCUGGACAAGAUUCCCAUGUUCCUCAGCCUGUCAGUUUGGUCGAGCAGCCCGCCCCCCUCCCCUCUCUUGCCAUCGCCAACUUUGCUCGGUUAAUCGCCGUUAGCCGCGCGCAUCAUGGCGAGAUAAAAUCCCCUACGCCAAUACUACUAUCUCCUGUUCGCCACCAAAUAACACCGAUGAACCGGUGGCGGGAUAGUUCGGGUUGGUGGCAAGCGCUCUUCUAACGGGUACCA